AUGGCGGCGGGACCGACUCUUAUCUCUCCACUGCGCUACACCGGCAUAACUCCACUUGCAACUGACUUUCUGGGGAUAAGCUAUAAGGCGCAGCGUGAUGAAGACGGCGCUCUUCUAGCGGUUCGUUACAUCUCUGCAAAGGAUGCAGAGGCUUGUGGUCACAGUCUCUCCUCUCUCUAUGACUUGUACAAGGCACUGUCUUCUUCGCUGCUCCUCACAAAGAGCAAUCUUGAGGCGGAUGAAACGGGUGAGUGCCUUUUGACUUCCCUCCCACCCUUAUAUAGAUGUUACCUGGAGAAUGACUACCUUAUCGUAGAACAGGGGCUAGCAAGCACGCGGUCUCUUUCGCAAUACAUCCGACGUCAUAAAAAUUCCGGCGUUUCAUUUCACGAGUCUGUGCUCUGGAAGGUUGCAUCGCAGUUGCUCAAAGCACUGGUAGAUUUGUAUGCCAUUGAUCCACGAGUUUCAUUAGGGCUACUGCUGUCAUUGGGCGCAGAUACCAUUUCUGUCUAUGCUGGAUUCCAGCUGCAAUUGGGGUUUGGCCUGCCAUACACCGCCACAGCCAUUGGGUCAUCAAGGCCAUCUACGGGUGCUUCUUAUAUCUCUUCUGUGGCAACCUUUCUUACAGCUCAGGACGAUGUAUGGCGCGUCUUGCAAGUACUUAAUGCAAUGAGCCUUCUUGAUCUUCGUGCGGGCAGUGAAAUGCAGGCUUGCGCCAAGUAUUCUCAGCAGUGGAGUAGCUUUCUAGCACGGCUGAGACAGGAGGCUGUUGAUCCUAAGCUGGAAGGUAUUUCCAUUCUCGCCGACGAGGCUAAUGCUGCAGCAGAGUCAACGCUACAGUUAUAUAAAGAAACAAAUGCGCUGUUUCGUGAAAUAAAAGGAAAUAACUAUGCUGUGAUUGAUGCUAUUCUUCAGCAGAACUCGCAUAGAACAGACUUUUUAGAGACCCCCAAUGCCCUCGGCGAGACGGCCCUGGAUUUGGCCGCUGCACAUAACAAUGCAACCAUCAUGGCGCUACUUUGUCGCUUUGUCCGCACUCACCGGUGCAAGGUCUGGAUGACACCCUGUAGGAUAGACUCAGUUACCCCGCCGUCUCCAGGCCUUGUUACGUUGCAUGCAGCUGCUGGGUGCAGUGAUCGUACUAAUGUUGAGGUGUUCGGUGGCCACAGCCGGCAAGUUAUGAGAGACAAUCCUUUUCGCACGUCUCUCGCUGCCAUGCUUGCAGGUGAGUGCCACGAUAAUCUGGAACUGCUCCUUUGUGAAGUUGGCGUCUUUCUAAAUAAGCACAUCAGCCACCUAUCUCUCUGUGCUAUGAGUAGCAGCUCCCGUGGGGCCGGUGCAGACUGGUUUAUUCCGGAGGUAGGGAUCAACGGAUUCACUAACCUGAUGCUCUACGCGGCCAUUGGAGAUGCAAGGUCUGUGUCUCAUUACUUACACGAGGCCAAGGAGCAGACCACUAUGGGUUACACUGCUCUCAUGCUUGCUGCCUCCAAUGGACACUUAGCCUGUGUCGAUCUGCUUCUCAAGGAAGCCCGCGCAACCGACAAUUAUGGCUGGACAGCUCUCAUGAUGGCGGCAGAUAGCGGGCAUGCUGAUUGUGUUAGAAGUCUUCUUCCCUAUGAAAAAGGUAUAGUAAGAAGGGGAAACAUGACACCUCUGAUGUUUGCCGCUCAGGAGGGUCAUGUAGAAUGCGUACGCCUGCUUCUGGAAGACAAGGAUAAUCUUAACGCAUUUACAGACGUGGAGUAUGGCGGAGGAGAGGGAAUCAAUGCCCUUGUUAUGGCUGCAUGGAGUGGGCACUUGGAGUGUGUAAAACUCCUGAAGCCGUAUCUGGGCAACUCUAGAAAUCCUGCCGGCCAGUCACCUCUUGAGGUGCUCCAGGCAUCUCGCGCUUCCCAGGAGGAAAACCUCUCUGAAAAGAUGCUUGCUGUGCAGGCAUGCAUUGAAUAUCUGUUUACAGAAUAG